AUGAGCUAUCCUGAACAAUUCCAAGGUUUCGCGAUUAACAAUCCCAAGGACUGGGCUACUCCCAAACUUACUUCUUACCAGCCCAAAAAUUUUGGAGCGCACGAUGUAGAUAUCGAGGUCGAAUGCUGUGGUAUCUGCGCAUCCGAGCUGUUUGCCCUUCAAAACGGGUGGUCGCACGGUGAAAUGGCAUGCUUGAGCUCGAAGUAUGGACCCAAAACGCAAGUUGUCGGACAUGAAGUUGUUGGAAAGGUCGUUGCUGUUGGACCAGAGGUCAAACUGUGCAAGGUUGGUGACAGGGUGGGCCUUGGUGCUCAAGCAUCAGCUUGCAUGAACUGCACCCGCUGCAACUCAAACAACGAGCAAUACUGCGCUCAGGCCGUCAGCACUUAUUGUGACUUUUAUCCGGAUGGAUACGUUUCCCAAGGUGGGUACGCCUCCCACGUACGUGCUCAUGAACACCUGUGCUUCCCAAUCCCACCUGAGCUCCCAUCUGAACUGGUAGCCCCUCUGCAGUGCGGUGGAUUAACGGUGUACUCGCCAAUUAAACGUAAUAUCGCAGGUAAAAAAGACCCUAAAGUGGCAGUCAUUGGUAUUGGUGGAUUGGGCCAUAUGGCCAUCAUGAUCUCCAAAGCGCUUGGAGCGGAAGUCUACGCUUUCUCGCGUGGUUACUCCAAGAAAGAUGAUGCUAUCAAAAUGGGUGCUGACCAUUUUGUGGCUACUGGCGAGAAGAACUGGAGUGAAAAUCUCGGCGAUACCUUCGACUUAAUUUUGAACUGUGCAUCUUCCACCACGUCUCUGGAUCUCAACGCGUUGUUGCCAUGUCUGAAGGUUAAUUGUAACUUUGUGUCUGUAGGAUUACCUCACAUUGAUGAGGACCUCAAAGUGAAGCCUUUCAGCUUUUUCGCCAAUGGUUGCAACAUGGGCUCCUCCAAGUUGGGCUCCAGAGAGGAAGCAAUUGAACUAAUGAAUCUGGCUGUCAAGCACAAUUUCAGACCUUGGGUCGAAACAAUUCAAGUUUCCGAGGCAGGCGUAUCUGAUGGACUCACGAGACUAAAUGACGGUGAUGUGAAAUAUCGCUUUACGCUAACCGGGUUCCACCAAUUUUUUGGUACUGGGAAAUAA